AUGGGUUUGUUUUGGAGAACAUCAAAGCGCCAGCAUGCCAACUACCCCGUUCCUGUGCUCGGCACAAGAGAUGCUCCUCCUGUCGUCGCUAUCGACAUCGGGAAGUUCGGAACGGCAUGUUCCUGGAAGUCCAAUUGGAAUCCCGUUCCGGCCGUCCGAAACCUCGACACGCAGCAGCCUCACGAAAAAGUCGUUCGCAAGAGCCCGAACUCGUUGUUGGUGCAUCGUGACAACGUGUCCGUUGUGUCGCUCGGUCACACCGCCGAGAAGAGCUACGCCUGUGGCAGCUUCCCGGUCGGAGCCAAGCUGUUCAGGAGAUUCGGCCGUCAGCGGAUGCGGGUUGAGUCAGACCCGACGUCGGAGAGUGCGGUCAAGUGCUUGAGGAACCGCUCUGAGAUGGAACUGUCGAAGAUCAUGUUCUACUUGCUGAUGCACGCCCGAGAUGUUGCUCUCAAGAACCUGCCCGGGGCGGGCGAACCGGUAUCGGCCGCCUCCAUAAAGUGGGUGCUGACCGUUCCAGCCUCCCUUCCGGACCGCCAACGGAAGACCGUGAGAAAUUCCGCCGUCAUGGCCGGCUUGGUCAACGAUUGGCACGACCGCGAGGGUCUCAAUUUUUGCCCCGAGCCUAUCGCUGCCUGCCUUGCGUUCCAAGACAGGCUGGACUGGCAAGCUGGCAAAACAUAUUUGGAAUUCAUUGCCUCGGCCGCUUCCGGCGCCGGCAAACAGGCGAUCACCAGCUUCUUGAACAGCUCGGCGAAGCUCCGCAUCAUGCAGGCCUGGGAAACAAGCAAGGUGGGCUGGAAGGACAAGAACGACCCAUGCAGGAUCGACUUGACCGAGCUGGGGAAUGACCCGCUUGAGGUGACCAUGGAAGACAUGGAUAGGGCAAGAGACGACAAGAAUGGGCACGGAGAGGAACUCGUGGGCGGUCACGGGACGUGGGUCUUGGUCUUGAAGCCGGCUUGGAUGAGGAAGGCAUUCCAGCAGCCCAUCGAGAGCAUCUCGCAGGCGGUGGCAGAGCAGCUGGACGAACCGGAGCUACAAGGGGUCAAGUCUGUCGUGAUGGUGGGAGGCUUUUCGGAGAAUUUUCUCGUCCAGGAGGCCAUUCGGACGUGCGUCCUGGAAAAACACCCCCGGGGGGGUGUGAAUGUGCUCGUCCACGCCAGACCAGGUCUAGCAAUUGCGGAGGGGGCAACGUUUUUCACGUCGCAAGGUGACCCCGAUUCCGUCGAGCUGGAUACACCGCCGGAACCGGCGGCUAUCGACAUGUGGCCGGCCCCUGUCGGCGUUCUCGAGGCUGAGCGCGAAGAUACCAUCUCCGAUCGAGUGGCGCGCAUGAUGAUUCGGGAUAAGACACUGGCAAUCGUUCGACUACCGCCGUCUUCAUCAGAAGAAGCGGCGCCAGGAGAAACUGAGGAGGUCCUAUCCGACGCAUUCACCGUGGUCGAACUCGUAGCGAGAGCGGCGCAGGAACUGGCGGACAGGUCGACGGUUCCCUUCGUUCCCGAGGUGGCGACGUUGUUGUUGGUGAUGCUGAGCUUCGCAUCGGAGCGUCGAGAUUGCGUUGCGGAGGCGACCUCAACAGCCCAGUGGUGCUCGGGAAUUCUCCACAUUCUGGACGACGCGGACCGUGUGCUACGGGAGGAUAAAUCGGGAGGAGGCACGACGUGGGUUAAGAGCGUCCAGGACGCCAUCGGUAACCUGUUGCAGCUGAUCAAGACCUACAGGAGCUCCCACACGAUCAUUCAAGUCGUAACGUCGCCGCUGUUCAAGCGCCGAAAGGAGCAGCUAGAAGCGGUGGUCAAUCGGGCUAUGGAUGGUCUGCACGUUAAGAUGGGGGUCCACAUCGGCAGCAACGUCAACGCGAUAGUCAACAAGGUGGACCGCAUAACUGACGACAUGCACGCCGUGAGGUACAACAUGGACAAAAUGAUCCAAGACGACAGGCUGCAGGGCGCUCAGUCACGACUCUCCGAGGAGUCUGCAGAGUCAGUCGUAGACUCCCUAGCGCAAGCCCGUCGUAAGCGGCGACAACAGAAGUGGGGCGAGAUAGAGAUCCCGGAGGGAGACGUCGAGAUACUGGAUUUGCUGGGGAAAGGUGGAUUCGGAGAGGUAUACAUGGCCGACUACAUGGGCGAAAACGUCGCGGUUAAGAUCAUUAACGUCGACCACGGGCUCAAGGGCUUCUGCCUCGGCAAGAGCGAGGGAGAUGGGGAUCGGAGACACGCCCCAACGGCAGAACGGGCGAGCAAGCAGCAGAAGCAGUUCAUGCACGAGGUGGACACGAUGCACCGUCUCAAGAGCCCUCACACGGUGCUGUUUCACGGUGUGAUCACCUCUCGGAGAGACCGCCUGGCUCUUGUUAUGGAGCUUCUGGAGGGCGGAGACUUGCGCGCCUACCUCCGGAAAGCAAAGGGGCCGCUUCCCGAGGAGGACUCCCGACGUAUCAUCGGAGACGUCUGCGCCGGUAUGGCGUUUCUGCACGAAAACGAAACCAUCCACGGCGACCUCAAGUCUGCGAACGUGUUGCUGGAUCGAAAUGGCAGGGCUAAGAUAGGAGACUUUGGGACAUCCAGAACGACGAAACAGCAGACCAGCACGUGCCUGGUCACGCGUACCGCGGGAAACGGCUCUUCGACGAUGACGUUGCAAUGGACCGCACCAGAGAUUUUCUACGGCGAGUGUGCUUCCUACGCGAGCGACAUGUACAGCUUCGGAGUGGUGAUAUGGGAGGUCCUUUCCCGAGAAAUUCCUUGGUCGGGGCUAGCUGGCAAUCCCGCGAUUUGCUUCAAAGUGGCCACCUUGGGGGAGCGCCCGGCAAUUCCCACUGGCACCCCUCCUGACAUCGAAGACAUCCUGAAGCUCUGCUGGGCUCAGCAGCCCCAGGAUCGCCCUACGUUUCGUCACGUCAAGGAAACCUUACCCAUGAGAUGAUGCUAGGCAGGGCCUUCUCGGGGGAAGCGGGCCAAGCAGGUUAGCGGGGCUCCUCCCGAAGCUCUGUGGAACUCCUACCGAAGGUGGCGGAUCGCCCCGCUCUGCCAUGUUCCUAUGUAUCUCCUGAGAAUCCCGAUUCUGGUUUGGCGUUCGCCACAGGUGUUGGAGGGUUAACAUUUGUUUGUAGUGGAGAGUGGACGGAGGGAGAAGUACUCGGAAAGGAUUUGGUAUUGGUCUAUGGGAAACUGGUAACCCACACACAAAGUGGAAGUAAUUGGCUCCUGGUUCGACAUUCAGUCGCAAGGUCAGUGUUGCUUGCCCACAAAGCACGGCGCAACAAGUGUUUGUGAUGGGUUAGGUUAGCGCGAGGCGGGCAAUCCAUGAAUGAAGUGAUGCUGUAUGUGUCUUUUUUUACCAUCGUCGACGUGUGUGUGUAUUUUUUCCGUCCCGUAGUGAUACUGUGAUGCUGUAAUUUAUACCGAAGGUUGUGUUUUUUAAGUUUCUUCUGUUCCGGGUGCUGUCGCUGGUCGUUUUAGUGGAGAACUUGAACUGAUUACGUCCGUUGCUACACGCAACAGUGAAAGUUACGUACAGAUUUCAACUUCCCUCAAGAGAGUUAUUUAUUUUGUGAUAUUUUGUGUAUGCAUAGAUGUAUUUGUUGUCUUGAUUGCCCUCGGUAGUUCUUCGCUGUUUUCCUCUGUUCCGAGGCUAUGGUCCGUCGAACGGUGAUAGGGUAUCGGUUGUACCAAAUGUAGCUGGGCGAUAUCACGGUGCUUUCUGCGGUGCAAUAGUUGAACGGUUUUCAACGCAAUUGUCGAUAUAUGUAAAUCCUCCUUUCACUCACCCGCUUGGGCCUUGGCAAAUAAAAGGGUGUUUGGGGCGUUACCGAAAUUUCGAGAUGGUGUUCGAUUUUCUCACGCGUGGACGCCAACUUACGAAUUAAAGAAAUUAUGUUGAUUGC